CGAGCGGUUAGUUUAGUUUUCAUGUAUACAGAAGGUCAUGGUAUGUUGCAGUAAGCAUUGUGGUUGUUCUUUCUUAACGUAUGUUCAGUGAUGUUAGUGUAACUUCGAGGUAGAGUGUCCCAGUCGACUUCUUGAUAAACGUUUCAGGUUACAGUCUCGAAUAUGACCCGUUCUAAGAAGACCAGGAAGAUAAGACUUGCUAACACACAAGUUGUUAUUUGAGGCUAUUGUCAAUAGAAAGAAGACAUAUGCCAUCAUUCGUGCAAUAUACAAUCAUAGCCACUCUCCUGAAGACUUUGAACGUGAAUUAGAUUUUGUACUAAGUCGUAAAGUGUGUAUGGUCAUUAUUGAACCAGAAUCUCUCGGUGAAGUAACGUGGCGAUGGAUUCGUACGGGUAACUGGUUACAUAAAACAGCUGUUAUAUCAGGAAUAGCUGCUGUAACUACAGCUGGCAUUGGUUUGAUGUGGAAUUCUACAUUUUCUAAAAUAUACUUUCCGUUAGACCUCGGUAUUCGUUGGUUUCCUACUGUUCGAAGAAGUGGUGCCUUGAUUACAAUCACACCAAGUGUUAUACGAUUUAUUACAACUACAUUGAGUGCAAUUAGUGCCUCUGCUGCAGGAUUAUACUCAUUGUUUUGGCAAUGGGAUCCAUGCUGUAAGUAUCAAGUUGCACCAUCGCUAGCAUCUCUGCCAGUUGGAACAGCUUCCUUUGUAACAAGUAGUAGUCAUGCAUUGACGAAUUCACAUCCAGAUGAUAAUUCGCCAGGCAGCGGAAUGAGCAACGGUGAAAGCCCCAGUGGUUCUUCGGAAAUGAGCAAUGGAAAGCGUGCUCGAGCUAUCAUUGCAGAGAAUCAUUCCAAUUCAAAUAGUCCUCCAUUACGUCCAGUGGUUUUAGUUCAUCGAGAUGAUGGAAGACGAAAAAUACUGCAUAAUGCCGUCUCUCUAACCUCUACUCUAGUCGCUUGUUAUAUUCUUUUUAGAUGGUCUAGACAUUCAAAUAUGAUUGUUAGUAACCCUUAAUUUUAUUGUAUCUUUCUCCAUCAUAGUCUGUCUGUUUUCUUAUGUGUAAUAAACAAACUAACCUCUUUCUACCGAUAUGUAGAGAACAAUUUCUUCCUUUUAGAUUAUUUUUUUCCCUAAAAUCUGCGUUACAGUAUCCUGUAGUUUCAUAAUAUUUUUAACUGUCGUGUACUAUAAGUAUUUUAGCAAGCAUUUUUACAGUCCAUAUAUUUAUUUUUUUGCCCUUGUAUCCAUGUUAGUAUGGAUUUAAUUAGAUCACUUUUUCGUUAUAAAAAAUUACUAUUAGUACCGGUCUCUUAUUAUUUCUAUAGUGAGAAUCACUUAUUCCCCUCCUUUUAUCAGUAAAAGGCUCACAUGCCAAUUAAAUUGUAAAUGUAUUAUCUUCAUAACAACUCUCCACAUAACAAAAUUGAAUCUUUCUUGUGUUUCUUAGUUUUUAUGAACUACUUGAAAGAUUUUCAGUUUUAUGCUUACAUUUCAAUGUUCGGCCACCAAAUAUCGUGGUUUUUCUGGCUGUAUCGAUUAAAAGCACUAUGUAAGUAUAUUGUUUGUAAAUGUUGCAAUCACAAAUUUGAUAACAGUUCGGUCCUUAUAGCGUACGCUUAAUGAUUUGUACAAAAAUAUUAGUACUAACGAAGAACGACAGGGUUUGCAGACAAUAUUAUCAAUUUAUUGUGUUCUCUCCAGUUACAUUUAUGACAGUAAAUUGAAUUAUUAACAUAUUCGGAAAUUCAGAUACGAAUCAUUCAAUAAAUUGUCUGGGAAAAAAGAGGUAGAACGCUAUUUGAAGGUGAAAAAUAACUCUGAAGGAAGAUUUUUCAUCAACUGAGGUGAUGUUUUUGAAAUAUUCGGAUAGAUGGUUCCAUUAUGCCUUGUAAUCGGAUUUCUAAAAACAGGCCUACUGAUGCAGAGGCUUCUACUACACUGGUUGUCUUGACCUGCAUUUGUUGGUGUGUAUGGGAUCGAAGGGUCAGGUCAUCUGUGAAGUCCAUAUCGUCUAGUUGCAUCCAAACUGUCCAUUGUAUAUGUCUGUGUGAGAUUACCGUGAUUUCGUAGGUUCUACGAAAUAAAAUGAAUUCAUG